AUGGACGCUCCACAAUAUGACUUUAUCUUCGAAAGAAACGAUAUGUGCAACACAUUAGCUCUCGACACAGUCGAUGCACAACUUAAGCCUGCUCCUUUCGACCGUGUAGGAACCAUGCCCAAGUCGGAUUUUCGAUCUUACUCUUACAACGAGCACGAGACUUCUUCGGUGGACGAAUCGCACGAUAUAGUCUGCGAUCCAGCCAUUCCAUUUCAAUUGCAGUAUGCGCAGCCGCGAGCGGUGGGUGCUCGCCGUUCAAGCAGCACAUGUCGCUCGUCACCGCCUAUAUCCCGAGCAAGUUCUCCAUCAUCACGGAGGCCGAGCCUACAGUCAAGUGCAACGUCAACAAGUGUUCUUACAGUUGAAGUUUGCCCGGAAAGCAAGCCUACGGAUACCUACAGAGGUAGAAGGCCAUCAAUGUUAAGCCGCCUGCGGUCGUCCAUUAGCACGACUUCAAUACUGAACAACCACAAUCAACGGCCAGAUGUCAUGCCAGCCGACUUCCGGAGACCACCCGAAUAUCCAGAAAAGCAUUUCAUUGACUCUGUUGGAAUGGUCAUACCAGGAGUUUGUGACCGCGAUCAGUGCCCCCAUCCGCGAUCUCAUUUUGUUUCCAAUUGGCGCCUCUGUGAACCCAUUGAAUAUACCACCACGUUGGCUGAUCACGGUAUCACUUACAGUGAUUACUGCCGUCUUCUGAAUGCGCUGUCAAACCUUUUGAGCGAUAUCGCAGAGGAUUCGAAAUCAUCCAGCAAAGUUCCUAGCCACAGAUGGCGCCACAGAGAUGCUACCUUUGGCCCAACCGCCACAAAAGGUAGUAGUGCCAACAAUACAACAACCUCAAGCCACCAACCUAGGAUCUCGAGAGAAUCCCAUGGACUUUCAUACAAUACUCGACAACAGGCUUCGGCUUUGAACAAGCUCUUGGCUGAUAUUACCUUCCACUGGCGGGCGCGAGGUGUACCAGUCAUGGUCUGCGUCGGCUCAUUUUCCUUGUUCGGAUCCGAAUCGAAUUCAGGAUUCGCUCAUCCAAAUACUUCACAUCCUUUCAGUCUAUUGAUCACCACCAAAUCGAUGGAAGACAACAGCGUCUCGGGACCUCGACGACGUCCAAGCGAACACAGCCAGUCGUCCGGAUCUCUCCCUCUACAGGCCACUGUACCGCCAUAUCAUCACCACCAGUGUACCAUGCGUGAUCGAACUCGCCCCUGGGCUUUAUGGCCGAAUGCCAUACCGACGUCUAAACGGGACUUGAUCACCAGCCAUGCUGUCCGCUAUGGAGAAGAUCCCUUCUUCAGAGCGUGGAUGCGCGCCAACAUAAACUGCCGUACGCACUCAACAACGUAUGCCAAGUUCAUGAUAGAGCAAGAGAACAACCCCUUUAUCAACAUGCGCCUCGCAUACGUGAGCCCGAUCUCGAAGUUAGCUAGCCUUUGGAGCGCAUGCAAGCGCGGCUACAACGACAGUAGCGAAGGCGCUCGUAACGUUUCAAACAGCAAGAAGUACGAACACAAUCGCAGACUGGAAUGUCGCAGGACCGUCGAGCAUGGCACUAGGCUUCGUAUUGCCAGGUUCGCCUUUCGCCAUCCGCUAUACCCACCUCACACACCCGAGAUGGAGGAACUCGGUCUCACCGAGGCUGGUUACAACAGGAUCAUCUCUGAUAUUGAGAGUAUCCGAAGGAGCUCAAGGGUGAUGAAAGAAGACUCCACCAAAGAAACUUCAGCCACGCAAUGUCUUCCAUUUCAUUGCAUCCAACGUCGAAGGCCAGAGGAUGCACUGACUAAGGUCAGCGAGUACAUCCGACAUCUCAAUGCGAGCCAAAAGGGACUGAUCUGGACAAUUGAGAAGAUCCCCGGAGUAUAUGAGAAGAGCCUUGGACACAAGGACCACGAGUGGGAGAUCAGUGUUUGGAAUGCAGAAGAUUCCCUUGAGCUGUUGUUGCAGUUGGAGAAAUGGGGCAUCAUUGAGAAGAGACUUGACAUUGAUGAUGACGACUAA